CCCCGCGCGCGCGGCGAUCCUCAGUCGCUCGCCGACACUCUCGCCGUCCGUACGCGAGAGCCGUGAUGCAACUCGGCUCCGCUUAACGCAUUAGUUCGCGAUCCGUGUGUGUGUGCUCCGCGAGUAGCGAGACCGCAGCCCGAGUCAGAGCCGCGUGCAGUGCAUCGUCACCAGUGCGGAGGAUUCUGCGAAAGCCGUCAGCUCGGCGAGUAUACGACAACCACGGCAACGGCCCAGCUGAUUGCACCGUGCUGCCAGCCGCCAGCGAGCGCACGAGUAGCGGCGGGUGCCGUUCUGCGAGCGUAGAGAGUGCGGGCGCGGUGACAGUCGCAAGUGCGGGCGGGGGCGGGGGCGCGUGCGCGGGGGAGAGCGCGGCGCGCAUGGCGAGCGCGGGCGCCCAGUACCGCGGCGGGCAGCAGUGGGGCGCGGCGUACGCGCAGCCCUGCCGCUACCCGCCGCCCCAGCCGCAGACCUACGCGGCGCCUAGCUACACCCCCCAUCAGUACACGGGGGGAAUGAGCGGUGGUUGCGGGGGCGGUGGCACUCGGGUGCCUACCGCAGCGUCGCCGGCUAACACUGCAUCCUCGUCGUCGUCCAACACGGGCUCGGCAGGCGGCACGCGCUCCACCAGCCUCAGUACGGGACCGCCGCCCGCUAGCUCGGCGUCCACGGGCGCGCCCGGUGACCAGCUCAGUCGCACCAACCUCUACAUACGCGGCCUUGGCCAGAAUACCACCGAUAAGGACCUCGUCCAGAUGUGCCAGAUGUACGGCAAUAUAAUUUCAACAAAAGCAAUAUUGGAUAAAAAUACAAAUAAAUGUAAAGGUUAUGGUUUUGUAGAUUUCGAAACGAUCGCGUCUGCAGAGGCGGCGGUAAAAGGAUUACAAGCGAAAGGUGUUCAGGCCCAGAUGGCUAAAGUGGGUAUCUGGUUCCUGCGUAGACUGAACCGUCAACAGGAGCAGGACCCGACCAAUCUGUACAUGGCAAACCUGCCGCCGCACUUCAAAGAGAACGACGUUGACCAACUGUUGGCCAAGUUCGGGCAGGUGGUGUCGACGCGCAUACUACGCGACACACACGGCCACAGCAAGGGAGUCGGCUUCGCCAGGAUGGAGUCACGCGAAAAAUGCGAGCAGAUCAUUCAGAUGUUUAAUGGCAACUCGAUACCGGGGGCUAAGGAACCGUUGCUUGUGAAGUUCGCCGACGGCGGUAGCAAGAAGAAGUCUCUCUAUAAGCAGAACGACAACAACGGUCGAAUGUGGCGGGAUAACAACGAAUCCAUUACUCAGACGGUAUGGUUCCAGGCGAUGAGCGUGAGCGGCGUGUACGCGGGCGGCGUGGCGGCGGGCGGCGCGGCGGAGUGCGGCGGCGUGUACCGCGGCGCCGGCGUCUACGGCCUCGCCUACCACCCGCAGCUGCAUCACCCGCACCCCGCCGCCUGGCUGCCCUACGCCGCGCUGCUGCCGCCCGCGCACCCGCACGCGCACCCCGCGCACCCCACGCACCCCGCGCACGCCGCGCACCCCACGCACCCCGCGCAUGCCGCGCACCCCGCGCAUCUGCCCAUCGACUCUGUGCCCAGCCAAUACGUAAACUGGGACAGCCUAAGGCCGGAAAAUGAAUUAUACUACUUCCCGUCGCCGCCGUACCAGUUCUUCGCGGGUCCGACGCCGCCCAUCAUCCAGAUGCCGAUGGAGAGCGAGCAGGCGUCGACCGCGGCGUCGCCGGACGAGGCGUACCAGCCCUACCCGACCAAGUAGACGCCGCGCCCGCGCACGCCACUACCCAUGCUGUACACGAGCCAAAAAUCAAAGCAACUGUGACUUUUUACGAUGUUAAUUUGUUUUAGUUUUAAUUUGCGGCCGUUGUAGACUUCAUCGAAAGCUCCGCCCGGUCUCUCGUCGCCUGUUCACUAUUUAUUUUCUCGUCGGCCCCGCGUCGGCCCCGCGCCGACCACGCGCCGGCCCCGCGCAUUCGCUGUGAUGUUUUGAUGAGGUCUUUUGACGGUUCGAGGAGAGGAUUUGAUGUAUAGAUUAUAGCUGCAAUUUUAAAUGUGUUUUGACAUUUUAAUUUUAUUAUUGUUUUAUGGAAAGAAAAUUAAAUUUAAGAUUUUAGGCGCAGGUUUUGAACAAGUUGACAAGAUUAUUUAAGAUAGUUAGGUAUUUAUUUUAGCAUAGUAUAAUUUCUCGAUUGAAUUUUUAAAUUUAAACUUGUCCUCGAACGGGAAUAUACAUUUUUAUUUUUGAUUCAGUGUCAUAUAUAAUGUAGGAUAACGGGGAUUCUUCGAUCGCAUAAUGAACACAUCACAUCGCGUCUUUAUAAUGUAGAACAAACCGUGCAAUCUUAAUUCCUAAUCUUGUAAAAAGGAAUGCGUUUUAUAUGAUGAAUGUAUUGGAAUGUAAAGUUUUUAUAAAGAUAUAGUUUCCUGACAUUUGUCAGGAGUAGGAUGAGCAAUAUCAGAAGCGGUAGGCAUGGAAAGAUUUUUUGAAAUGGUCAUAUCAUGUUAAAAAGUUUAUACCAAUGAAAUUGUAAAGCUAAAAGAAACGACUUAUGUGUGUUAUGGUUAGGAAAGAUAAACAUACCGAUUAGAUCUUGUGCGUAAAAUUUAUUAAGAAGAUUUAGAAUCUUCCGUUGAGAUAUAUGUAUUUUUAAAAUACAAAAGAAAGUUGGUUUUGUCGCGUUAUAGUUAGAACGGCAUACUAUAAACAAUUUGGUCGCGAAACGUGUUAGCGACGGACGAUAUUUGAGCCACGACGUUGUGUUAUGAAUGGCACUGAGUGUUUGUACGUCCAAAGAAGUUUGGCAUGGUGCUCAUUUGUUUGGAAAAGGUUCUACAUCGAUGAACAGUACAGUAUUACCUACGUUAAUAAUUAGAUCACCGGUGCAGUCCAAGGAUUGCCGGUACCUAAUUUUGAUGCAUCUCAUUCGUAUUUAUCUUUUUACGGGGGUUAAAUAUUUCGAAUUUAACAUGCCCAGCCGCUCAAAUGUAACAAAAAAUUUAAACAAGAAAUUAUUUAACUAUCUGCUCGACGAUCAACACGCAAAGUUUUUACGCAUUCUCAUGAGCUCACACCUCCCUUGUAUGCGUAGCUUAGCCACGUCGCUUCGUCGUUAAAAUAUUAAAUGCUUCUUCAAGAUUUAUGUUGUCUAUAAAUAACUGAAGGAUAAUAGUAAUUCCUAAUCGAUAACGUCGUUGCCAAACCCGUCAGACUGAAUUGUAUACCGUAAACUUCCAAUAAGUUAUUUCUAGAUCCGUGUUUUAUUGUUAAAAAA